AUGCACGAUAGCAACCAGGAGCUUUGUGAGCCCACGAUUGUGGGUGAUUUCAAGCUUUAUAAUGUGAGUGGUUCUCAGUUUGAGGUGCCGAGGAAGUACACACUGUUGAAGAUACUUGGGACAGGUGCGUACGGCAUUGCCUGCAGUUGCCUCAAUGAGGAGACAAAGGAAAAGGUUUCCGUUAA